UCGCCAGUAGUUGUGUACAAACUCUCUUUAUCAAUACCACUGUUGCUGUUGGCCGUUUCUCUUCCUCUCUUUUUCAACCAGACACAUACGUUCAUAUUUCUCACUUUUGUGUGAGAGUCUUGAAUUUCUUGCUCUCUAAAUAUGUAAAUCUCUAUCAAAUUUUGAUCUUGUUCUUGUUCUGCAACUAACAGCCCUUCGAUCUCAACUCUCACUUCACUCUUCAAAGAAGGGUCUUUUCCAAAAAUGGGAAGAUCUUUUCAGAGACUCACACUCUCUCUGAUCUCUCUUCUCUUCAUACUACUACAACAACCACCAUAUCCAGCUGCUUCUGCUUCUUCAUCGAAGUACCAGAUCGAAUGCACAAUGUGUUCAUCGUGCGAUAACUCGUGUCAGCAAACUCCUUCUCCACCGCCGCCAUCACUACCACCACCGUCUUCCAGUUCAAUCUGUCCACCACCUCCAUCCCCACCAUCUCCAAGCUCAGGUGGCGGCGGCGGUAGCCACUACUACUCUCCACCACCUCCUUAUACUCCUACCUACACAUACUUCUCACCACCACCGCCCUACGGUGGUGGUGGUUCAUAUUACCCUCCGCCCAACAACUGGAAUUACCCUACACCGCCACCACCAAACCCAAUUGUUCCGUACUUCCCAUUUUACUAUUACAGCCCUCCUCCUCCUCUAAACUCAGCCUUGUCUCUUCGCCACUCAUACACGUGUUCAUCGUUCAGUUACACUGCUUUUCUCUCCCUCGUUUUACUGUUUCUGUUUUAGUUGAAAAAAAUGCCAAACCCACAUGUUCAAAGGCAAUAAUGUGGCAGAUUUUACAGAUCUGGGGAUUCUCAAAGUAAGCGUAUAAGAGAUCAGUUUCUUCAUUUCGUUUAAAAAAAAAAAAAUUCAACCAAGACAAUUCAUGGCGAUGAAGAUGAAGUAAACUUUUCGACAAUGCAAAAGGGCAAAAAAGGAAUAAGGGUACAACUGCAGACGCCAUGUAAAAUGAUAAAGUAAUCUCUUAUUCUCUUUCUUGAUCUAUUUUAACUGUAGAGUGAUCUGUGAUAAUUAAGUUGUACGUUCAGUUUUCCCACAUCUUCUUGUGCUCCCAUGUGACUGCCAAGUCCAUACUCGCACUCUCCCUGUGACGAAUUUUAUUUGUUUUAUAAGAUAUGCAUUAUUAAUAUUCAUUAAUAAUGUUUCAUA